AUGUGGCAGGCGAACCCAAAUCCAUGGUCAAAGUCUGAACCAGCUAAAUGGAGUCACUAUUCCGAUGUCGAAAACUUAAUCAUCGAAGAAAUGUUCUCCAGAAAUCAACCACGAGCUAUAUUCGAUCGCUACUACAUUGACUUCAAGCAUAUGAUUCAAACCUUCAACGAUGAUCACCAUAAACAGAGACCCGUAAAGCGAGUAGAAUGCAACAAAGAACAUAAGCAUUUACGAGAAGAGCGCUUUAUGAUCGCUCCCAUUACUGCAAAACGUUCGGCGGGUGGUGAAUAUGGCUGGAUAUCACCUUUCAUAAUAGAAGUGAGAAGAGACUUAGGUCUUAAAAAAAAUCAACUACCUUCUAAAGAUGAAAAACUCAUUCCGGAGCUUGUUGAGAAAGCUGCUCUCGGCAUUAUCGAAGAAGGGACACAAAUCGAAAGACGAUGUGAAGCCGAAAAAUUGGCCAAUUUGCUGAGAGAGAAAAAAUAUAAGAAAUUUAAAGAAGUAUGGGAACACUGUGCCUACCUCUAUUCUUUAGAAAGUUUCUUGUACAAAAGCUUGAACGAGGCCAUGAGAUCAGUUGGAAAAAAAGAGCACGAACAGCUCUGGCGAAGUAAGAUUCGUACAUUAGGACCAUUUUCUUUAUUAUUGUGGGAUGAUCCCAUCAAUAAAAAAGUAAAAAGAGACACGAACCUUUAUCGCGGAGCUGAACUUAAACCUGAAGAUAUUGCCAUGUAUAAAGAUUUGGUGAAGAAUCCUGAUGAAUAUCGCUCAUUUCAAGCAUUUACAUCAUGCAGUCGUAAUCGUGCAAGAGCAGAAGGGUUUGGAAAUACUUUAUUCAUCAUAAAGGUGUUGUUUGCUUUCACCGCCGAUAUCAGUUCAAUAUCUCAAUAUAAAGAAGAAGAAGAAGAACUUGUGACACCAGGUGUUUGCUUUUGUGUUCAAAAUGUUCAAUUUGAUUCCAAAACAAACAAACACUUGAUUACCUUACAACUAAUACAGCGUUGGUCGAGUAAGUGUGAAGAACGUUUUCUUGAUGAUUUUGAUACUAUAUUAACUGUUUUCCUAAAUGCUUCAAUGCUCACCUGGCAAUUGAUCAAAUGA